UUUACAGUCGUUAGCACGUAACUUUGAAUGAAAGUCGAAAUCAGCUGUUUGUGCUUUGAAAUUGAAUUGGUGUUUACGUGGAUUUAAUUUUUUCUGAAAUCAAAUUAAAGCAGAGCCAAAUACAAAAUGAUUGAAAUAUCAGAUUUGCAGAAAAUUGGCAUCGGCUUGGCUGGUUUUGGCAUUUUCUUUUUGUUUCUCGGCAUGCUGCUGCUGUUCGAUAAAGGACUGCUCGCCAUUGGCAAUAUUCUAUUCAUAUCGGGCCUGGCCUGCGUCAUUGGCGUGGAGCGCACGAUGCGCUUUUUCUUCCAACGGCACAAAGUCAAAGGCACAACGGCCUUCUUAGGGGGAAUCGUCAUCGUCCUGCUGGGAUUCCCCAUCUUCGGCAUGAUUAUUGAAUCCUAUGGAUUUUUCGCACUCUUCAGCGGCUUCUUCCCCGUGGCCAUUAAUUUCCUAGGCCGAGUGCCUGUUUUAGGAUCGCUGUUUAAUUUACCAUUUAUACAAAAGGUAAGGUAGCAUGGAGCCUCACAAAAAAUAAAAAAUAUAACAUAGCAAAUAGCCCAUACUCAUGAUCACUUAACGCGCUCAUCUCGCCUUGACGCGAAAGCCCAUUGAAAUAAACUGAAGGGUCCACAUUCCCAAACGACCACGCAGACUCGAUUUCAUAGCCAAUUUUGGUAUUUAUCUAAGCUAUGUAUUUCAACAUUUACAAGUCCAAAGUAGAGGGAUUUAGUGGCGCGUUUAGUGGAUCUUUUCCCAGUCCUCACGCUCCUCGCGCUCCUUCACGACCUCCUUGAGGUAGGGUUCCAGAUACUUGACGUCCUCCUCGUACUUGGUCCACUGCUCCUUGGGCAGAAUGGUCUUGGUCAUGGACAGAUGGAGGGCCCUCAUGAUGCGGUAGUUACGCUCAUCGUACAGCUUCCUGGGCAAUCGGCGCACGGCCUCCUUCACAUCCUCGUUCUCAUACAGACAAUCAUCGCGAUGCAGACCUGCAAAAAUCGAUGGCAUCAAGCUCAGCUGUUAGGAAUCACUAGGUUAUAUAGUAGUCCUACCGUAUUGGUUGAAUCCGGAGAGAUUGUAGGCCCAUCUGCCCAGAUUUGCUGUGGGGAAAAAUUCGCAUUACAUAUUUACGUAAUCAUAAUAUUCCGGCGUACUGCACUACGAAAUUUGUUGCAUGCAACGUGAGUCCGAUUGUUGCCCGUUCGUAUUACUUACAGAGAACUGCGGGUCCCUUUCUGGCAAUAUAGUUCGACAUGGUUUACGUAAAAUCAGAAGUCGGGAAAGAGAUAUUCCUCCAGCCUUUUUAUUUUAGGUAUGAGAACGUUGGAGAUGGGUCUCUCGAUAGCUAUCGCACCCCGUUAUCGAUCAACGAGCACUACGGUUGCGUUUGUACAAAUCGAUUUCCGAAAUGUAAUACAGACACACUGCACCUAUCGAUAUAUCGCACUCAAGAAAAUUCGUUAUUCUUUAGUUUUAGAGCUAUUAAAUAUAUUAUCUUUUAACAUUUUACCCUUUUGUAUUUGUAUUUAGAUUGUUCAAAAACUUGGUGGAGACGGCAACCGAACUACAGUAUAAUUACAUCUCCAAAGUUGGUCAUUUUGCAAUAACUUUUUGUAUAAAGUAAAUAAAAUCAAUUCAAAUUCUUGUAAACCCAUUUAAGCCCAUGUAAAAAUCCGCCUUCAUAAACAAAAUACUUGUAGUUUAUCAAACCG